AUGUCGAAUUUGCUAGGGACGAGAAUGGUGGUUAGAAUUUCGGAAUAUAUUUAUUAUAUAUUAAUUUUAUUAUAAUUUUAAGAUUAUAUGAUUCUGGGAACCGUAACUAAGAUACACAAAGUAAAUUCUACAGUUUUAGGUCAGGAUAGAAUGAUAAGGUAAUGAAAAUUUAACAAUUAGGACUUACACAUUUCUGUUACGGUUCUUCAAAUUGCAUUUGUUAAGGAAAAUGAAAAGUGGUGAAUGCCUUAUGAUGUGGUAAAACAAAGUUGAUAUUAUAUGUUCACACUUUUCUAUGACUAGAAGAGUAUUGCAAAUCAAUAUUUUAAGAUAUUACGAUGGUCACGAACAGCAUUCUAUAUACAGAUUCUAAUGAAUAAACUCAAAUAGCAAUCGAGCAAAAAUGAAUUAAAAUAUUACAGAAAUCUAAAUGAUGUUUUAUUUUAUGCUUACCNUUUCAGACAUCAUUAUCAAAUAGAACGAUGCCUAUCUAUUCGAUGGAUAAGUUAUAAUGAUAUAAUAAGUUUAAUUAAGUUUUUUCGAAAAAAUGACAAUUUUAAUCACAUAGUAGCUUCAUCUCAAUAUUUAUUUGUACUUCAAAGCCGAAACUGUAUUCUAUCAAAUAAAAUAAUCAAAAUUCUAUUUCUUUAGGAUUGA